GCAACAUGACGGACAUGAGUUCAUCUGCAGUGGAGGCAAUGCGAGAUAGAUACCCUACAUGGAGGAGCCUUCUACACAGCCGCUUCAAUUUGCUCUUCUAUGGAUACGGUAGUAAGACACCCCUCUUGUCUGACUUCGCGGAUGAAGGGUUGGAUGAUGGGUAUGUUGUUCGAAUUGAAGGCUACAUGGCAUCACCUCGAGGCAUGAAUGGAGCUUCAAUACUACACCGGUGUCUGCUCGGCAUCUUCGAUUUCGUUUUUCGGCAUGCUCUCGUUGCCAACGAUGCGACCUUGCUGGAGAUUGCACGAAAAUUGGCACAACUCUCUCAGUACCAUGCAAGGACCUCAUCCACUCCUACUCGGAUCUACUUGGUUAUAGAUAAUAUGGAACGGCUUGUAGAGUAUGGAGGAGAUGAAGUCCUACAGUGCUUAGGGACGAUAGUGGCAGGCUCGCCCACGAUUCACUUGAUAGCCUCAGUAGACCAUCAUCGAUCGGCUCUGAUGGGUAACAUAUUGGAGACUUUCGCUUUCGUCAACAUACCUGUGCAUACGAGGCUAGACUACAAUCGCGAAGUCAUGGCUUUCAAUGACAGAGUAUUACCGACUUGGACAGGGCUCGGUGGUGGUCUUGGAGAGGGUUCUACAGUGUAUGGAGGAUCAGGCUUGGCUGUGGUACUCAAAUCUCUCACACCGAAUCAUCUUAAUUUACUCAAACAUCUGGCUCUUCUUCUGAUGGAAUCAUCGGAGCCCGAUGGGACCGUCCACUUCGACACGCUACUGAAGGUGACAAAGAGGAAGGCUAUCGCCUCUAAUCAUGUCAAAUUAAAGUCCUUGCUCACCGAACUGAUCGAUCAUCGCGUGGUCAUACAGCGCCGGUCGCCUACAACGGGAGCUCAGAUGUAUCAUAUGCCGUAUGGUAAGAAGCAGAUCGAGGUGAUAGGCCAAGGGGACUUCGAUGCGGUGGAUAAGGUGUGA